CCAGUAGAGGCUUGAUAAUAUUUGAAAACAGUCCAGACAGGCCAGGGGCAGACAUGGUAAAUGAAUCUGGGUAGUCUGACUGAGCUGACCUGGCUUCGGCUGGUGGCGGUGAAGCAGACGGACCCCUACCCUGGGUCUUAAAACAUGAGGGGAGGCUUUGAGUGGCAGAGCUGGUAAGUUCAUGUCCUCAGGCCGACCAAUUUACAUAAUGUUACUCAAGAGGUCUGCUGGACACCGACCACGUUGGUGGUAUGGGCUGAAGAGUCUCCCCAGACCAAAGUUUUCCGUGUGCGUUCUGGGAGACCAGCAGCAUUGUGACGAGGCCAAAGUAGCCGAACUGCCACACAUGGACAUCGAGGCUCUCAAGAAGCUCAAUAAGAACAAAAAGCUGGUCAAGAAGCUUGCCAAGAAGUAUGAUGCUUUCCUGGCCUCAGAGUCUCUGAUCAAGCAGAUCCCACGUAUCCUGGGUCCUGGGCUGAACAAGGCUGGCAAGUUCCCCUCCCUGCUCACACACAAUGAGAACCUGAACACCAAGGUGGACGAGGUCAAAUCCACCAUCAAAUUCCAGAUGAAGAAGGUGCUCUGUCUGGCCGUGGCUGUCGGACAUGUAAAGAUGACAGAGGAUGAGCUGGUGUACAACGUCCACCUGGCCGUCAACUUCCUGGUGUCUUUGCUAAAGAAGAACUGGCAGAAUGUGCGUGCCCUCUACAUCAAGAGCACCAUGGGCAAACCCCAGCGUCUCUAUUAAACAUCUUUUCUGUUAAUAAAAAAAGACGUUUCAAAA